UUCUCUUUUGUGUCUAGCUGCGUUCACAGCAGCAGCAGCAGCAGCACAUCCCCGGCGCAGACACCAUUCUGUAGGAUUAGGUGACGCAGACGCAGCCGCUAGAUUUCACUAGACAUUUUAUUUUCCAGGAGACUCUCUCUCUCUGUAUACGUGCAUAGAAGAGAGCGACGCCGAGCAUAGCCGACGCCGAUUCUCACAGAAUGGUUCAGUGUCUCUCUGUCCUUCGUAUCCAAUGGAUGUGCAGUCUACUCCGCCCGUAGUGUCUAGUAUAACACGCACAAGAUUGCCACUUUGGUGUUUCCACUUUUGACUCUCGUCGACGACUAUCGUCUAAGCCCAUCUCUUCGCCGGUAUAUUUAUCGCUUAGUCGUCACGGCAGCAGCAGCCCUGCCGACAACAAACUUUUGUUUGUUUGUUGAUUUUCUCCGUCUGUGUUGUACGACUGUGUUGCUGCUGUGGAAAUGGACGUUUAGUCGCAUCUAGCAUCCGUCAGCUGCCGGAGGAUCUUCUUUCUUUUGAUCAUUGGAUAUCGAUAUAGCCGAGGAAAGCGCAAACUCCAUAACGAAAUGACAGCACAGUCACCUUGUUAAUAAAUUGAAACGAAGAAAGAUAAAAAAAAACUAUAUAGCUGGAGGCUUGUGAAUUUCAUUUCUUCGACGCCGUGACGCCUUUUUUUUCUUCUAAAAACCAAGUCGGGCGGACCGGAAUUUCCCAGAAUCAAGGGCGAAUCCUUGUGCGGAGUACACGUCCGAUUUCUCGCGAUUCAACACGGCAACAAUAUCAAGGCCCUGGCGAUGAUGCUGGACGAAGUGGUGAACGAAUCGAUAUCGUGGGCGAUGAACAAAUCCAAUUGGUCGUCGCCGAUGUACGAAGAUGAUGACGAGGACGGCUACAUCGAGUACCGGGAUCGACCGGAAACGUACGUCGUGCCGAUCCUGUUCAGUCUCAUCUUUCUGGUCGGUGUCCUUGGCAACGGGUCCCUCAUCUACGUCCUGUGUCGUCACAAGUCGAUGCGCAGCGUCCCCAACACGUUCAUCUUCAAUUUGGCGCUGGGCGAUCUCCUGAUCCUCAUCUUCACGGUCCCCUUCACGUCCACCGUUUACACGCUGGACUCGUGGCCCUUUGGCGAGUUUGUCUGCAAAGCCUCUGAAUUUGCCAAGGACACGUCAGUUGGCGUUUCCGUCUUCACCCUGACGGCGCUCAGCUUCGAUCGGUACACGGCCAUCGUGCGACCCGUUCAGUCAUUUGUAAGUGGCCCAAGGUCCAAAGUGGUCAUCGUCUGUCUGUUGGUCAUCUGGGUGACUUCUUUGAUACUGGCCACCCCGGCCGCCAUGUUUUCCCAUUUGAUGAAGGCCAACGGCUCCAAGAUUCCGGAUGAAGAAAGGGAAAUGGACGCCAACGGGACCUUCAUCGGGCCCAUGUUCAACGACAUUUACAUCUGCUACCCAUUUCCUCCCGAACUCGGACCCAACUACCCCAAACUUGUCAUCCUACUCCGCUUUCUACUCCACUACUGCCUACCGUUACUCACCAUCGGAACUUUUUACGUAAUCAUGGCCUACCAUCUCCUGCGCAGCGUCCAGAAUAUCCCUGGGCAAGCGACGUUGACAACAACCGCAUCGGUGCGUCAUCGAUAUCCUGCGGAUGCUUCUUCCACCAACAAGACCGAUCCAGCUCUUUUGAUCCAGCAACAACAACAACCGAACCAGAAUCGAGCACGUCGCAAACUCGCAAAGAUGGUGCUGUCGUUUGUGGUCCUGUUUGCCGUCUGCUUCCUGCCGAUCCACGUCUUCUUCCUUUGGUUCUACUUCCAUCCGGCGGCUCUGCAGCAGUACAACGGUUUUUGGCACACGCUAAAGAUCGCCGGCUUCGUCCUGGCUUACAUCAAUUCCUGCAUCAACCCCAUCGCCCUCUAUUGCGUCAGCACCAGCUUUCGCAAACAUUUCAACCGACUGCUCUGCUGCUGCAGCGCUGAUCGCGACGGAUCCAUCAUCAGUCGCUCCGGGCCGGUCAGCUACUGCGGCGGCUCAAUGUGCGCAGGCAAUAAUAGCCGCGGGGCUGGCACCGCCCUCAUGUCGGACGACCCCACCGUCAUCACUCACCGCUCAAACAGUCGGCGACAAAACACCAUCAGCACGUCCGUCAACCGUCGCAAUCACAACGAGAAUCACCGAAACGCCGACGCAAUCCCGCUCAAAGAAAUCCAUCAACAGCAGCAACCGCAGGCGCCGCUGGACAAACAAUCGAGUUGCUGAAAUUCAAUUUAGUCUAACACUACAACAACGUGCAAACAAAAUCACAUUUAGAGCCUUUGAAUUUGUGGAUUUUUUUUCCCCCGCUUCCACCCCCCUCCCCCCACUCCCGAUAAGCAAAUUUAACUGAUUGGGUUAUAACAAAUUCAAGCUCACUCACUCGAUUUUGAAUGCCGUGCACAAACACACACGCACACAAAGUCACACAUUUUUCUAUUUCUUCUGAUUUGGUUUGAACUCGGAACAGUAUAAUCCCAUUCUUGCAUUCAGGCCCGGUUAUACAGCAAGGUACGUUGUUGGUGUUGAAUUAAUCUGGUAGACACGGUAUAAUUUAGGUUGGUUGUUAUAAUAUUAUGUUGUUGCUGCUGCUGUAAAAUGUGCUGUCACCACCUCUCGUAACGCUUCGGAGCCAUUGACGUCUGUCGGAUGAAAGAACCACAGUGUUUGUCGAAUUUCGUGUUUAUUGUUUCGACCUGGAAGGCGAAGUGUUUAUAUUUAUUUUAUUUUACUUUUUCUUUCUAGACUGUACUCAACUUUUCCCGGUUCUUCAGCUUUGUUGUUGUUGUUGUAACAACCCCCCCCCCCUUAAACGAAGACUAACAAAUAAACCAUAGAGCUCGCCUUUCCUGUUA